ACGACGUUCUCUUCUCGCGAGACUUCUGAGCGACCAUCUUGCUCCUGCCCCUGAGAGAUUCACCCGUCGGGGUCACUGGGACGCCAAGACCGCGGCUUAGACCCUCGUUGACCAUGCUGUCUCGGGUGGUACUUUCUGCCGCAGCCACAUUCGCCCCUUCUCUGAAGAACGCAGCCCUCCUCGGUCCAGGGGCAUUGCAGGCAGCAAGGAUCUUUCACACUGGGCAGCCAAAUCUCGCCCCUGUACCACCCCUGCCUGAAUAUGGAGGAAAAGUUCGUUUGGGACUCAUCCCUGAGGAAUUCUUCCAAUUUCUUUAUCCUAAAACUGGUGUAACAGGACCCUAUGUGCUUGGAACUGGGCUUAUCUUGUAUUUUCUAUCCAAAGAAAUAUAUGUGAUUACUGCAGAGACCAUGACUGCCAUAUCAACAAUAGGGUUUCUUAUCUAUAUAGUUAAAAAAUAUGGUGCUUCUAUUGGAGAAUUUGCUGACAAACUGAAUGAGCAAAAAAUUGCCCAACUGGAAGAGGUGAAACAGGCGUCCAUUAAACAAAUCCAGGAUGUCAUUGACUUGGAGAAGUCACAGCAGGCACUGGUUCAGAAGCGCCAUUACCUUUUUGAUGUCCAGAGGAAUAAUAUUGCUCUGGCAUUGGAGGUUACUUACCGGGAACGGCUGCAUAGAGUAUACAAGGAGGUAAAGAGUCGCCUGGACUAUCAUCUCUCUGUGCAAAACAUGGUACUUCGGAAGGAACAAGAGCACAUGAUAAACUGGGUGGAGAAACACGUGAUACAGAGCAUCUCUGCCCAGCAGGAAAAGGAGACAGUUGCCAAGUGCAUUGCAGAUCUAAAGCUGCUCGCCAAGAAGGCCCAAGCACAGCCAGUUCUGUAAAUGCUUCUGUCCCAGUUGGGGCAGCUAGGACCUGCUGACUGGCUAAAUGGAAACCAGUCUAUGUGACAGGACCUUUCUGUAUUGCUGUCUACUGAAGUUAUAGUUAACCUUUCCUAAAAAUGGAAAGCUUUAGUUUCAUAUAAUGAAAGAAUUAAAACAAUCUAAUGACCAGUGAAAUGUUUCUCAUCUUUGCUCUGCAUUUUGAGUUGUUCCAUCAUCACUUUUGAAUAAGCAUUUUGCUCUUAAAAUUUGGUGCCUGAAGAUGACCAAAUUACAGUUUAAAUUUGUAACUGAUUUACCAUCUUGCAAUAAAGUGAUGGCUGAAACAAGGUU